AAUUAAACCAAUCAUUAGAAAAAAAAACAGUUCACAAUAAUCUCCCGUUUAAAGUAAUCAUGCAAGAAAAAGAAAAAUAAUAAAGAAUAACCUUAAUCCUACCCGACGCACAUUCGGCUUUCGGGACGAAGAAGAAUAAAAGAAAGAAAACGAAAAGAAAAGAAAAAAGCAAAAAUUUCAGCAGCGCGUGCACGUAUACACACACAUAUUCUCGACAAAAGCUGGCAGAAGCAGAAUACGAACCGCCGGUAGAAACGGUCUAUGUACCGACCGGUACAUAAGGGGGAAAAUAAAUACAUAGCCGCCUAUGUACCGGGGGUCCCUCUCUCUCUUACACAGCUGUGAACGAAAACGAAACGCAUCAGUCUGUCGAGCGAGAUCGUAGAGUGCUUUGGAUCCGGCCGUUGCUCCGCGAAAAUUCGCUUCUAUUUACACACCCUCACGAUGGGAAACUGACGCGGUGCUUUCCCGAUUUUCCUCGGCGAUUCGGGCGGGUUGUGCGACGUGCAUUCGGACGAUGCCAGCGGAAAAACGCCGUUGAACCGGCGAAAAUGUGCCCGUGCAUAGGUUAUGUUCGCCUCUAAGGGCGAUUAUUGUGCGUUUUUCGACUGUGUACGCUUGUACGCGUUACGGAAAUUUCGCCGUACGGAUCAUGCAGGCGAGAGAAAACAAAACGUAGUGUAUUUAGUAAUUCAUAAUCGGUGAGCUGUGAUGUUUAAUGUGUAAUUGUCAGUGCAAACAAAAUAAAAUUUAGUGCAGUGUACCUUUCGGAUUACAGUGCCCCAUCGUCUUUUCGGAUAUUACCAUGAGCAUCUUCGGGGAUCUGUGAGAAGGUAUUAUCAGCAGCAUGGAGGACCCCAUAAAAAGGCCGGAGAAGAUAAAACUGGCGGAGAUAAACUCGUAUCUGACGUGUUAUCUCUGCAAGGGAUAUUUAAUAGACGCGACGACUAUAUCGGAGUGUUUACACUCAUUUUGUCGAAGUUGCAUUAUUAAGUUCCUUCAAGAAAACAGCUACUGUCCUAUUUGCGAGGUUAUUAUCAACAAGGCCAAGCCGAAUUUGAAAUUGGAUAAAACCCUUCAGGACAUCGUUUACAAAUUAGUACCGGAACUAUUUCUACGCGAAAUGUCGAGGCGUAAGCAGUACUAUCAACAGUACCCGCAAAUCGCCGCUAAAGUAUCGCCCGAGGAACGCGGAGAAGACACCGAACGCACCAUCUUCAAUCCCCAAGAUUGCAUCAGCUUAUCGUUGGAGUACGUCAGCGCCGAUUCCUCCCCGGGAGCAAUAAAACUGCUCGGUUCCAAGAACGGAUCGGAUAAAAACGAUCCGCUCUCGCCGGAGGACAGCCAGGCCCUAAUGAAGAGAUAUCUCCAAUGUCCCGGCAUGUGUAGGGUGGACGUACUCAAGAAGUUCGUUCGAAAUAAAUACAACGUCGAUACCACGCUCUUUCACAUUGAUAUCCUUUACAAGAGAGUGCCUCUACCGGACCAUUACACUUUGAUCGAUAUCGCUUAUAUCUACUCGUGGAAAAGGAACGAGCCGAUGAAAUUCUUCUUCCGCAUCACCGACAUCAACAAGGUGUCGGAGCGCUUCGACUAUUUCGAUUCUCGCGAUCCGGGCGAGUUGAUCGUGCAAUUCCCGCUGAGGAAUUCGAGGAGCAACGGGACCGGAGCGAGCAAGAAGAAGGAACACGCCUUGGAGAAGAAGAAGCGCAAGCAGGAGUCCAUCGGGAGCGCGAAGAAGAGCGCGGAAGUCACCGAUAAACUUGGCAAAGUCAUCGGGGCUAAUGCGGAAGGAGGUGAUAAGCAACAGAAGCUGGCCAGUAACAAGGAAAACGUGAAAGCUGACGAGUUUUCAAACGACGAGAGUCCUAAGAGGUUUGUUAUUAAAAUCAAGAAGGACCCGGAGAAGGACGAUUGUGCGAAAACCGAGGAUAAUUCUAGUGCGUUAAAAACCAGUGUUACCAAUGCGGAAGAGGCUAAAGAGAGUAAAAACUCUAGUAGUUUAGUCAAUUCGGACGACUCAGGGCGCUUAAAAACCAACGGUGUAAGCCAACAAAGUGAUGUGAAAAACUCAGUGUAUACGAAUAUUACCCUUAAUCGAACUAAUAAUAUGGAAAUCAUUACUAAAAUACAAAAGGUAUCGAAUAAAGAAGGCCAACCGAUCGGCCUGAAUAUCAUCGAGCAAACCUACAAAGCCAAUGACACGCCCAAACCUCAAACUCAAAAACCACGACCUCUCUUAAAAUACAAACCCAACAACUCCAAACUUCUGACCAAAAACCAUUUAAUAAGUUCCAACGGAAAAUUAAGCAUUCCCGAUAUACCGAUCAAUCCGAUCGUGCGCAAACCACCGAAACCUCCCGUAAUCCCGAUUAGCGUAGAAAACGACGAAAAACUCAAAUUCCUCCAAAACCUCCAAUUGAUGUCGAAAGAGGCCGUCGCGAAAGUCGAGGUGACCAAACGGAAGACGACCAGCCCGUCGAAAUCCGGCUCCCCGAAAAAGGUUAAAAUCGACAAGAAACCCGUCACGAGAAUCAUCCUCCAAUCCAAACCGAAGCCCAACGAGAAACUGCAAAGUCUAAUCGAAAAUUGCAAGAUCCCCUCGUCUCUGUCCAUUACCCUCAAAGAAACCAGCGCGGAGAACAACAAACCCUCAUCGGUGCUUCCCCCCGUUAAAAACUACAUAGAAAUCCUCAAACUCCCCGAUGAUACUAAAGACACUGCCGACAACAAAGACGCUAAAUUAGGUUUCGGGCUGCGAAUGAACGACGACAGCGAGCAGAAAGUCGACGAAGACCUGGCGGAGAUCGCCAAAAGCCUCACCGAAAAAAUCCCCAUGUCGACGACGGUUUCGCAAAUAGUCGGCCCCAAGCCCGAAUUCACCAUUCCCGUGAAAACCAACGUGCCGGCCAAAUUCAACAUCCAACCGUCUCCAGUACCUGAACUAACCAGCAAGCUUCUCAACGUGCCAAAAGACAACAAGCUCAACCCCCGAUCUCCGCAGAGCUUCCAGAAAAUCUUCGAGGAAUCCAUCAAGAAACCCGACCAGUCGAGCGCAGACGCGACCGGCGAUUCUACCACCAAUAACGCUUCCAAGCGGAACAUCGUGGAGAUUGCUUCGCAGCUGCAAAUGAAGGCGAAGCCCGAGCGAGAUAAAAGCCCCGUCGAUUCGGGCGCCAGCAAAACCACUCCGAAGGUUGCCAUACCGAGGCUACCGCACCCGAAGAACCUCAAGACCGGGUUCUACGAGAAACCCGACGUGCACCAAACUCUAACCAACUUGCAUUCGAACGCUUUAGGAUUGAAUUACACCGUAUCUGUGGGACCGAAAGCUAACGGCGUGUCGCAUAAGACGGAAAGCGAAAUAAAAACCACUGAAGUACCAGUAAAAUCGCCUCUAACGGUUGACACGAAAUUCCCUUCGCCCAAAGACCCGCCCAAAUCAUCCCCGAAACCCAACAACCUCAGCCGAAACAUAUCGCCUAAUUUAAACUACAAUUCGCCGCGAAACUCCCCCAAACACUCGCCGAAAUCAUCGCCGAUGAUCAAGCACAUGUACGCCCCCACGCCGAUGGAACAGCUCAGAAUCAACACCUUCACUCCCAAGAGCAAUUCGCUGGGCAAAACCUCCCCGAGCCUGAGCAAAGGCUCUCCUAGUCCCACGUCCAGCGCGUCGCCCAAACCCUCCCAUUCGGGCAGCCCCGUCCCGGCGGUCCCGUUGAACCCCAACCAGAUCCUCGAGCGGUUCAACAUCCAGAACUUGGCGCAGCUGGCGAAGAACCUAAACUUCCACGCGGCGGCCAAUUUCGGGGCGAAUACCACCAAUCAAUUGUCCGCUCUGCAGCACGCCAUGCUGCUGAAGCACUUCGAAAUGCAGAACCGGCAGAACUGGUUGAAUAUGAACCAGUCGACGCAGUACGAGAAGUACCUGCAGAAUCUGCAGAACCUGAAGACGGGGCAGAAUUGAUUUUGAUAUACACGAAAGGAGGUUUUUUAAUCGGUAUUUAUUAUUUUUUUUAAUCGAUGGAGUUGUUGGAUUUGGGAGGUUGUGUUUUGAUGUUUGGAUACAGGAUAGGGUGAAAUUAUGUUUCAUUUUGGUUAUUAAUUUGAUUUUUUUUUGUAGUUCAAUUUGCAAGGUGAUUUAGGAGAAGUGUUGUUAAUUCAAUUAUUAUUUUUAGUCAAUUCCGAUUAGAAAAAAUGUCGUACUUUUUAUUAAAUAUUUCAGUAAUUAAUGGUUUGGCGUUCUUCUGAAUCAUCGUGUAUAUUUUGACACGAAGUGAGUCAAAAAUUUGAAUUAUCCUGUAUUGAUUUAAAUACACAGAACUACAGUGAAUGGUUUUUUUUAUUUCAAUUGAGUAUUUAUAUUUAUUGUCAUAUUAAUUUAGCAAAAUCGUUAAAUCAUUAGCGAAUAAAAAUCCAUCGUGUUUUUAUUUAUUGUAGGAAAUAUUCC